UGUGUGUGUGUGUGUGUGUGUGUGUACACACUGUACAGUAGAGAGAAGUCGACAUGCUGGAGCUGCUCGUCGUUGUUUGUGUCUCAGACUGAAUUCAUUUGGAUUAAAUUAAUCCGGUGGGCUCACCAUGACGGCAAGUACAGCGCAUCAUCUUUGGUCCCUUGAUGACAAUCUGGGUCAGGGAGCGACAGCGAACGUCUAUAAAGCCCGAAAUAAGAAAAAAGGUGAGGUGGUUGCGGUGAAGGUGUUCAAUGUGGCCAGCUACAGCAGACCGUAUGAGGUCCAGAUGCGGGAGUUUGAUAUGUUGAGGCGACUGAAUCAUGUCAAUAUCGUCAAACUCUUCGCCGUGGAGGAGAUGCACUUGAACCCCAAGCAGAAGGUUCUGGUGAUGGAAUUCUGUUCAGGGGGAAGUUUGCUGAAUGUGCUGGAGGAGCCAAAGAAUGCCUUUGGUCUGUGUGAAUCAGAAUUCCUUAUAGUGCUACGGUGUGUGGUUCAUGGCAUAAAACAUUUACGUGAUAACGGGAUGGUCCACCGAGACAUCAAGCCAGGAAACAUCAUGAGACAAGUGGGCGAGGACGGACGCUCCAUCUACAAGCUCACAGACUUCGGUGCUGCUCGAGAACUGGAGGACGACGAGACGUUUAUGUCCAUAUACGGCACAGAAGAGUACCUGCAUCCGGACAUGUACGAGCGGGCGGUGCUGAGGAAGCCCCAGCAUAAGACCUAUGGCGUGACAGUGGAUCUGUGGAGCAUCGGCGUCACCUUCUACCACGCCGCCACGGGCAGCCUGCCUUUCAUACCGUUUGGCGGUCCACGCAGGAACAAGCCUAUCAUGCAUAAGAUCACGACUGAAAAGCCUGAUAAGGUGAUAGCAGGAGUGCAGAAGGUGGAGAAUGGAGAGAUUGAAUGGAGCUACCAGUUGCCUGACUUCUGCCAGCUUUCAGAGGGUUUGAAAAUGCAGCUGGUGCCAGUUCUGGCCAACAUCCUGGAGGCCAACCAGGAGAAAUGCUGGGGUUUUGACCAGUUCUUCGCUGCUACCACAGAUAUCCUCCAGCGCAUCCAUAUCCAUAUCUUCUCUCUUCAGCAAGCCACAGCCCACACCAUCUACAUCCACUUCUACAACACCGCUUCAAUCUUCUUUGAAGAAGUCCAGGCUCAGACUGGAAUUGUACCAGAAGUCCAGCAGUACUUCUUUCAAGGUCAUCCGCUCCCCAUGGAGCCCAGCAUGAAAGUGGUCAAUCUGCCGCCCACCACGCCAGACCGGCCCAUUUUCCUGCUUAGCAGACGACCCGAGAAGAUGGCGGUACAACCUCCUAAAGAGCCUGAGACACCAGUCAUGCCCUCUAGGUUUGAUGUGGUGGCAGAUUAUGCCUUCUCAAAGACCAUGGUUCGAGUCAUUCAGCAGUUUUUGAGGAUUGCACAGAUUCUACAUAAGCACCGAGACCUCAUUCUACAGGGAUUCUAUAGCUAUAUUGAAAGUGUUCGUAUCGAGUGCAGCAACACAGCACACAAGAUCGCUAUGGUGAACAUGAAGCUUAUGUCCUGCCUGAGCACAGAAGAGGCACUUCAAACACUAGGCCAGUUUUCACCUGACAUUCCAGAUUCCUUCGACUGCAAGCAAAAGCUUCGCUUGAUCCAGGAGAAUUUGCCUGUGUAUGGCAGCAGCAUCAGAGAACACCAGGGCAAACUGCACCACCUGCACGUGGAGCUCGCCAAGCACUCUGAGACUCUGGCUGAGGACAAAAGUGUACAGAAGAUGGAGACUCUUUCGGAGAAGAUUGCGGCAAUUCAUCAGCAAUAUCGACAAGACAAAUUAGCUGACAAGCUUAGUUACAACGACGAGCAGAUCCACAAGUUUGAAAAGUUAAACCUGUCAUCCCACAUUAAGAAGGUGAAGGGGCUGUUUCGAGAUGACUGUCUGCAGAGGUAUCAGGAAGUCCUGGCUGCAGUGGGGGUGUGGAGCAGUUCGCUGUAUGAUGUGCAGGCACGGUUAGAACAGUUCAGCGGUUUCUUUCUGCAACUGAUUGGAGAUCUGCAGAUGUGUGAGAGACAUCAGACCAAGGUUCUGGAGAGAGCGCUGGUAAUGGGUCUUCAGAGACCGGCAGGAGCAGAGGCCGGAGACGGACUGAAGAAUAAAGACCACAUGAUUCUCAGGAUGAAGAGAUUAAGAGAUGAAAUGGAAACAGUUGCAAGAGAGCUGCAGAAUAACAACCAUAUGAUAGAAAGUAUUAGCGUAUUUAACUCAGCACUGGUGGUGGAUCCCAGUUUACCCCAACCCCCAAACCGACUGUGACGAACGCCACCUAGCAUCCUAGCGACCGAGCUAACAAACUACUACUCUUCCACACUGCAGCUUUAAAAAGGAGAUGAACAAGGGAACGAAGAAAAACAAAAAGCAAAAGGUCAACUCAGCACAAGCCUCUGCAUCUCCAUUUCCUCUUUUAUAUACGUUUGACUUAAGGAUUAUCAACGACUCGCACUGAUCCACAACUCCAGCCACACCAGCACCUCUGCUAAUCUCAGUGCUCUCUGUGUUAAAUAUUGAUGCCUCCGUUUAUUUUUCAGCAUCACACUGUUCGGACUAUUGCACAGCUGUGUGAAUAGGUGCUAAAUAUGUCACACAUACGGGUCUAAUGGAUUUGCUUUGAUAGAUAACGAUGCAGCACAGCUCAUUUAAUUAAUGUAUUGAUCCACGGAGGAGAAGCUGUGAAUAAUAAGGAAAGAUUAAAACUUGCCUGACUGGGAAAAAAUGUGCUGCACAGCUGCAAAAGAUGGGAAAACACUGUAUGUUGUUGGAUCUAAGUGGUUUUAGAAAUGUAAAUAUUGGCAGACAGGCACACAAACGCACAUACGGGGCAGUUUCAACCAAAACCCAAUUAGCCAAUUAGUCUUUGGACUGUGGGAGGAAACCUAUGCAGACACAGGGAGAACAUGCAAAGUCUACACAAAAAGACCCAGGUCACCCCAGCCGGGAAUCAAACCCAGGCCGUCUUGCUGUGAGGCAACAGCGCAACCCACUGCGCCACCAUGCCACCAUGACAUGAACACCAUUGUACACUGUUGAGCUGAAAUGCUUUUGAGCUCAUAAGGUGUAAGCAAGAAAAGAUUUGCCUUGUUUUAGGAUGUAGAUUUUUUAAAUAGUAUAAAGAGGACAAAAAAAAGGCAGUCUUAUUCCAACACGCCCCUCUCCAUUCAACCAUAGCAUUAGGACCACAGAUAUUGGGCUGUUUUUGGGCAAAGAAAUGCUUAUUCAUUUUUUUAUUAAUUAUUAUUAUUAAUUAUUAAUAAUAAGACCAUUGGAUGCUGUUGGGCCUAAAUGGUUUAAGGUUUAGAAAUGGUGUAAAAAGACCAAAAACGUGUUCUUAUCUCACAUCCAACUUCAUGUUUUUCUGCAGUCUUUGAUUUUGAAAUUCAUUUGACAUCAGACUUUUUAAGGUGUUUACUCCUCUGUGUCUUUAAAGGCUGUUCUUGUGUCCUUUGUGGUUAUUUCGAAACUGUGAUAGGGUCUAAAAAUAAAAGGUUUAAAAUGGUAA